CAGUUUCACUUCUGCAGUAAAACAAAGUUCCCCUUUAGUAGUCAGCCAAGAGGGAGAGGGUGAGAAAGUGAAGUUGAUAAGCUGCAACUGUACAUCCUUUCUGUAGAAGACGGCUGUGAAGCCUGGGUCAAGCGAAUCCUGGAUACCCCAGGGUUACAUUAUUCUGUCUCUUCUGUUCUUCCAUCUGCUCUGCAGAGAGAAAAAGAUAUAUCCUCAUCUAGCAAGGGAACAACAAUGGCAAACAAUUCAGAAAACACACAUGGCAUUCUUGUUAUCUAUGAUGAAGAUGCAGAAGAAUGGGCCUUAUAUUUAAAAUCAAUUUUCAAACACAUUGUAUUAGAAGACAGAAUCAUGCUUUACAACCUCAACACCAUGUCCCUGUAUGACCUGGAAUUCCAAUCGCUGUGCUCUUUUGGAUGUAAACUCUUGAUUAUAUCAAGUGAGCUUCUAAAUUGCUUGAAUCUAAUGAAAAGGUAUUUUCUAGAUCAGGUUCUUCAGCCUCCUGAAAAAGUGGUGAUUUUUCUUUGUGGAAUUGAAAAUUCAGCCAAUAUCUAUCAGGGACUGAAUAUAGACACAACCAAUCCGCUGGUUACCACUGAUGAAGACCCUGAAGUUUACCUUACUGUGAUUUCUGGCAUCAUGCAGCAAGGUCUUCCUGAACUCUUGUCUUUGGAUUUAAAAAAUGGCUUGAAUCUUGAAGAUGUGAGUGUGAAAACAGAAAAGACCCUGGAAAACUCAGAAAAGCCAGCAGUCCUAGUGCUGCCAACAAGGAUAUCAUGCGAGAGCCCUGGAGAAAUAUUCAUUCUCUUGCGAGAUGAAGUCCCUGAUGAGUCUGUAGUAAUUGAGUUCAUAACAGAAACGGCAUGGAUCAGGACUGAGCCAAACUUUUGGAAUCAGAAAGUCAGGUAUAUGAAAGCUUUAGAUUUUCCUGCUGGCUUUGUAAAUGUAAAUGUCUACUGUGAGGGUGUUAUUAAAGCUACAACUCAGAUUGAAUACUACACAACAGUUGGGGAGAUUGAAUCAAUGUUUCAGAAAGUGGCUGAUCCAAUAGCCUUUGCUUGUCAGGCUUCCAGGUUUUCUUCAACAGAGAAAGUGGAUAACAUUCUGACAUUUUUAUUGAAAAGUCCAGUUAUUUCUAAUGGUUGCUUUCCACAUAAAGUCCUGGAUCACCACCAACAGACUGACUCACAUUUGGAAGAGCUUCCUACUCUUCUCCACUGUGCAGCAAAAUUUGGGUUAAAGAAGCUUGCUGCUCUUCUCCUUCAAUGUCCUGAGGCAAUCCUAGCUUGUAGCUUAAACAACAAAUAUGGAGAAAAUCCAGCACUUCUUGCCGAAAAGCAUGGCCAUAGGGAGAUUCAGAAGAUCAUUAAAGAACUGUCAAUAAAUGAAGACAAGAAGGAAAAAGAUAGUCCAGAGGAAGAAGUGAAGGAUGAAGAUGACACCUAUGUGAUGAUGAUGAUAAAAUCAAAAUCUCAAUGUAACGAAUUUAGCACAAGAGAACACCCUGAAGCCUGUAGGAAAAUCAAGAACAGAGGCAUGGACAACGAGGCAGAGCAGGAAGAAGAUGAAGGGGAAAGAGGAGUACAGAAAGAAGCACCAACACCAGCAGCAGAAGAAGAAGGAAAUAAAGUUGAGGAAAAGCUUCAUUGCUUGGGUGGUAAUGACGAGAAAUAUAACAGCAUAAUCAACACAGUCUCACAGAUACAUUACAGAGAUUUUAACUACACUGACAGGCCACCAUUACCACCUCGAAUUCAACCUAUUACUACAAAACAGGAUGAGUUCUCCUAUUUGUCUCCAGCAUGGGAAACAGCAGAAGACCAAAGGUUCAUGACAGAAACACGUGGAGAUCAAGAAGAAGACAUGUCUCACAAAGAAGAAGAGGAAGAUCCAUACACUUCCACUCUGUUGGAUGAUGGAGUCUAUGAUAUGAUUCUUGCUAAUGUCAUCAAAGAGCGAAGUAAAGGAAGCAGAUCUUUCAUUAUGAACCGGCCACCAGCACCUGCACCUCGUCCUUCAUCUUUCCCUGUGAAACAGGAGAACACUCCCUAUAUAGCACAAGUUUUUCAGCAAAAGGUGAACAGGACUCCUGUCGAUAACGAGAAGCCAAUCUAUGCUGACGGGAAACCAGGAAGAACUGGACAUGACAAUACCACAUAUACUACUGACAUGCCCAGUGUCCCAUCAGGGCAGGAAGAACUGAUACUAUUGCAGGAGCAGGUGAAGAGGGGAAUAAUUUCUAUGGAUGAAGCUGUGGAGAAGUUCAAAGAAUGGCAAAACCAUAAAAGUGGAUUAAAAGUCAUCCAGAAGGAAAAAAUAUGCCAGCUCAGAGACUCUAUUAUCAGAAAAAGACCAGAGGAGGAAAUCGUGUAUGAUAAGAUCACCACUGUACAUUAUCAACAUGGUUCCAUGAAAAAAGGAAAAGAAAGUGUUGAUGCCAAAGGCUUGGUGUACACCACUCCAUUAAGAAAGCCAACUCUGCUUUGACACCCACCAUGAAAAGAGUGUUGGACCUGACAUUUACCAACAGAGUGCCACUUUUUGUACCUCCUGUGAAACUUUCUCAACUUCUUACACUGAAGAUUCGUCAGUCCACGUCAUCAUGGAAGGAUCAUAGUUUCAGCAAAGUCAGAGGGACAAAGUUGAGCUAUGAAGAUUGGAUAAGCAAUCCUUUUCAUCAGAAGAAACAAGAACAGAUAGAAGCAACAGUCCCUCCUUCUCUUUUCCUUAUUCUAGAAGAUUUGGAGCCCAUUCACAUAGUUCCAUGGUUCCAUUCGAACUGCCCUGAUCACCUCCUACGGAAUCCUGGAUUUGUAGUUUGGCAAGGUACUAAAGGAACUUUCUGGAUGAGCAUUCUUAUAGCAGGUUGUCAUAGCAGUUAAAGUAGAAUCAUAAUGCUAUAAUUGUAUAAUGUGAAAGACUCUUGAUGCAAUUUAACUGGAUCAACACUCUACAAAAGUACUCUCGCACACAAUAUGCUACUUUUAGUCAGGUUUUAUGUUGAAGACUGUUUAUAAUUAUUGGAGACUUGUACAGAAAUUCAGAGAGCUGGAGUUUGAAAAGUUACCUGUUUGGACUACAACUCCCAGUAUCCUCCUGGAAAUCAGUGGCUCUGUUUCUGGAGAAUUCUGAGAGUUAUAGUCCUAAAGAAGAGUAAACAGGAAUCUGGAAAAUUCAACUUGUUGAGACUUUUGAUCCAAAAAAAGAAACUUAUGCUAUACAAGAAUAAUUAAUUCAGCUUUUGGUUACCUAAGGCCUCAUCUACAUUGCCAUAUAAUCCAGUUUCUGAACCCAGAUUAUCUUCUUUGAACUGGAUUAUAUGGAAGUAUAGACUCCAGUUCAAAGCAGAUAAUCUGGAUUUAGAAACUGGAUUCUAUGAAAAUGGAGAUCCAGCCUUAAAUGAUGCUUCUGCAUUCCAUGUGAUUGCAUGUCUUCUAUCACAUCCUACAAUCUUUUGAAAGUUUUUGCUUGUAUUGGAUCAUCCAGCAAAUAGGGCUGAUAAGAGUUGCAGUCCAGCAAUAUCUGGAUGACCACGAAUUGCUCACCCCUGUUUUAGUUUGAGAGGAAUAAAGAUGCAUUUGGAGAAAUGUUUGUGUUACAGAAUAACAUGCUGAUUUUUUCUGAUUUAUGUUUAUUCUUCAAUUAUUUGAAAUAAACUGUGUAUAUUAA